UUUUUCCCCUUCAAUCACCUAAAUCCAUUGAUAUUCCCUUUCAAAAGUAGUGGUUCUUCAGGGUCAAUAGGUCUUCGGGUUGUAGUUGUUCAUUUAUUUUUUCCUAUUUUUUUAGAAAUUUCACUUUUUUGUUUGGCCACCGCUAUUGCACUUGGUUUUGCUUAUAUUUACACGUUGAUGCUUUUUGCCCCACUUAUUUACUUUGCAAGUAUUUUUGAAGAAAGAAUGGACAAUUCUGGGAAUAACACAUUUGCAUUUUUGGAUAAAAUUAGACAAGAGGUCGAUUCAUUAUUCAAUUUGAUUUUAAAAUUUUAUUGUAAAAUAAUAUCAAAUAGAAUUUUUGGGUUUUUACUUUUAUUUGGUGUACUUAUUUAUUGGUAUUUUGCUUUGGCUGGAACACUUAAUAUUCAGGCUAAAUUGGAUACUGAAAAAAUUCUGCCUAGGAGCAGUCCAAUUCUUGAGCCACACAAAUUGAUUUCCCAUAUGGUCUGGACAGAGUAUUAUCCUGUAACGAUUUUGGUCAAUAACCCAAUUGAUAUUCGUUUAAAGGGGAAAUUUGAUAGAUUUAAUACAAUGUUAGAGGAAUUUGAAGGGCUAAAAUUUUGCAAAGGUAAACAAUUCACAAUUUUAUGGCUCAGAGAUUAUAUAGAAUAUUGUAAAAUGGCUGCCCUCUAUGAUUUUGAUUUUUUUGAUAAUAGCAAUAAUUCAUCAGAAAUGCAUAUUGAUUCUUUUCCAAUUAGUAAAACAGGAUUUGACUACACCCGUCUAGAACAAUUUCUUAGUUCUCCAUUUUACAAGCAUUACAUUCCUUUUCUGAGGUUUUCUUCAAAAAUUAAAAGGCCAAUAACUGGGCAUGAAUUCCAAGUCCCAAUUUCAAAAUUUUGGUUUUCCGUAACUUAUCACAAUACUGUUAGUUGGGAAGAACGAAUCAAUUUAAUGCAGGAAUGGCGAAGAGUUGCCGAAAACUAUCCAGAUUUAAAUGUUACAGUUUGGGAAGUAAAUUCAAUGUUUGUUGAUCAAAUGUUAAGUCUCAAGUCUUUAACAUUACAGACAACAUUUUUAACUCUUUGUUGUAUGGCUCUAGUCUGCCUAAUCUUCAUCCAAAAUCCCCUUUCUGUGGCUACGGCAUCUUUUGCAAUUGGAUCAAUUUCAAUUGGUGUUAUUGGUUAUUUAAGUUGGUGGAAUUUGAAUUUGGACCCGGUUUCCCUUUGUGCAGUACUUAUGUCAAUUGGAAUGAGCGUAGAUUUUACAGCACAUGUGUCAUAUCAUUUUCAGCUUUCGCACAAACGAGAAAUUAAAGAAGGCCAACUUGUAGAAAAAAGGUUAAGUAAAUCAAUCGACAAACUUGAAAAUACCAUUCGCUCAAUUGCUUGGCCAAUGUCUCAAGCUGGUCUUAGCACAGUUAUUUGUGUUUUUCCACUUAAUUAUAUUCCCUUGGUUUUUGUCAAAACAAUUUCUCUUGUUGUCAUUUGGGGCCUUUUUCAUGGACUGGUGCUUUUACCUGCAUUUUUAACUUCAUUACCUCCACAUUGGCUAGAACUAAAUUGUUAUCGAAUGAUAAUUCAAAGGCUUCAAUUAAUGGGGAAUGAUAACCAAAAUAAUAUUGAAUCAACAAUAAAAGGCGAUGAUUUGGAAUCGUCUCAUCCAUUAGUUGGUCGUUUAAGUUAUAAAGAAACAAAGAAGAAAGUGGAGUGUGAAUGAGAUUAUGAGAGUUUGGGAGGGUUUUGAUAAUUUUUAGUUUUUUAAGGUACAAAAAUAGGUUCUCCU